AUGGCGGCACAAAUCGGAAACCGCUUCCUUCGCCUUCCCAUCGAGCUUCAAGAGCUCAUCUGCGGGUUUGCUCUAUGCCUUCCGCCCGUCGUGCCGACCAAUGGGCCGCGCGACGUCGUGUACGCAUAUCCUCCUAUGGCUGAAGGCGCAAGCUUAUCAACAAACCAUGUCUUGCGUGAAGAGCCGGCUGUCCUGCGAGCGUUCCCUCACCUCCGCGCCAACUUGCUCUCAUCUUACUACGGCCAGCAUCAGUUCCUCUUCUUCGUCCGCUCCAGCAGGCAAGGAUUCGUGAACUGGCUCCGCAACAUCGGCAGAGAUGGCUCUGCCGCUCUCCGCCAUACCGUCUUCCGUAGCUUUAUGCGGAUCAACCACAAUUUCGCUUGGCCCUCCAGGAGAGUGUUGUUCAAGCUCAUCAUCAACCUCUGUCCAACGGAACGAAACGGCCCUCGUUACGUUGUCGAAGCGUCGGUGUUCGAACGACUCUACUCUCCACAUGAACUGAGCAGCAUCAACGCGAAGCUCGAGACUACCCGCCGCGCCAUCGAAACGUACGUUGCGGCAAUCAUGGCUAUCGAGACGGGCCUGACCGAAGGGAACUAUGUCGCUAUUUGGGACAUUGUGCAUGCCUUAUCGAGCAUGUGA